AUGGGGGUCACUGGUUUACUGCCGGCGCUCAAAUCCAUCCAGGAAGCCAGCCAUUUGGAGAAGUAUAGAGGUAAAACACUUGCGAUCGACACGUACGCGUGGCUGCACAAGGCGAUCUACGGCUGUGCCAUGGAGAUUGUGCUUGAAAAACCUACAAGAGCGUACCUGAACUACAUGAAUAGACGACUAGACAUGUUGACGCAUUACGGCAUUACUCCGUACAUGGUUCUGGACGGAGACUACUUGCCAACAAAGGCGAACACGGAAAAAGAACGCGAGGAGCGCAGAAGGGAGUACAAACGACUGGGUCUCGAGGCCCUACGCGCAAACAGACGUUCCGAGGCAUACAAUUAUUUUAACAAGGCGUGUGAUAUCACGCCGCAGAUCGCUAAGUCGGUAAUAGAGGCUCUGAAAAGCAGAAAUAUCCAGUACGUGGUCGCCCCCUACGAAGCAGACGCGCAGAUGGUGUAUCUGGAGAAACAUGGCCUAGUGCAGGGGAUAAUCUCUGAGGACUCAGAUCUCCUAAUUUUUGGCUGCCAGAGGCUUAUCACGAAAUUGGACGACUCUGGAUCGUGUAUCGAGGUGCGGAGGGACAAAUUCAAGGACUGUCGGGAGUCUGCAAUUGGCCUGUUCUCCAAUGAGCAGCUGAAGCUGAUGGCCAUUGUCAGCGGAUGCGACUAUACCAAGGGGAUCCCGAAUGUCGGAAUGCAGCGUGCCAUCAACCUUGUGAAUAGGUACUCGACAAUUGGAAGGCUGCUGCAGGCAGUCCGCUACGAGGGGAAGUUGAAGGUCCCUGUCGAGUUCGAAACGGAGUAUUACCGUGCUAUCACCGCAUUUAAUCAUCAAGUUGUUUUCGACCCUCGAACACAGAAACCCGUGCAUCUGAACCCGUUGUCACCAGAAGACGAUAUGCUAGAGGUGGAACGGUGCGCAGGGAAAAUCCACGACGAUGAGCUCCACAGAAAGAUUGCCAUUGGCGAGCUGGACCCAAUCACGAAGCUUCCGUUGUCGGGCCGCGAAGCCUCUAGUGCACCGCCUAGCAUCGCUCGGAGAGCGCCAAUCACCACAAAGACGCAGCCAAGAACAAUAGACGCCUUGCUCCAAGUCAAAAGCAAGCCGGUGGUGCGGUCUGCGUCAGAGCCAACGGCCCGCAAGUCUGCCAUCAGAACCAUCGACCAUUUUAUGUCAGUCCAGACAUCCAAUGUGAAGCGGCGCAAGCUGCUUUUUGGCUCGCAAGAUUCUGCAUCUGAAACCAGCACAUAUUUCACUCGAUCCACUGCAUCUACCUUUACGGAAGACACGCGGAGCGUGUUCAGCGAACAGAAUUCCAGCGACUACAACAUAACGGACCCAGACGAGGACGAGGAGCCGGUUUUCAAAGCUUCGGUCACACAAAAACAGAGUAUCCGUAUGCCGUUGCGGGACAUGACAAACCAGGUCUCGCAAAAGCUGGAAGCCAAAAAUGUUGCUGGCCGGAUCCUCGAUAGAAACUCAUUGAGCUCGUUUAAAUAUAACGGUAAAUAG